AAAAGAAAAUGUUGAGAUAGAGGGUGGCGAUGUGGAGCUAGACGUUGACUUGGCGGACCCACAAGAUCGCAUUGGAAAGAAAGUAGUGGCUGUACAAGUACAUCGUACACGUGGCGGAAUAUGGGUGGGUGAAGCGAUGAUAACUGAUAAGGCAUAAUUCCUUGUUUGGACUCUUCCACGACUUGUCCCUUUUCAAGAAGAGCUCAAGUUCGAAGCCUUCCGGGCACUCGCAUUUAUGAAAGUACAACUUCAAGCUGGUGAAUCUCCUAUAACCUGGGAAUCACGUUUCUCCCUCGCUUGUUUCUUUCUAUAAUUGAAGUUGUUGAUUCAGAUAUACAUGGCGUCCGUUUCGGGGAGUCAUAGAUUAUUCUGUACAGAUAAUAAUCUAUUAUGCGCAAAAGGUAAGAGGGAGCUUGUAUCAUGUGAUGCUUUCACUCCCGCAAUAAAAAGAAACAUGUUGAAAGGUGAAACUGGAACUAAAGUGGGCGAGUUCAUGCUUCAAACAUCUUUGCCUCCGAGAAAUCAAAAGGGCUUGCUAUGUCCCUCCAUUACCAGGAGCCGACGUAAGGAAAAAUAUUGCAUAAUUGCAAAAGCAACGAGUUCCUCUGUGGAGCAUUUGAGUUCGUUGAAUUCUUAUCUUGAAAAGCUUCGUGAUUAUGCCAAACAGCCUUCUUCAAGAAUUUCUAAGGAGAGGAGAGUCUCUAUUGACGUGGAAUCAGAAAUCAUUUUUAAUAAAGAUACAAGGGCAUCAGUAGAUACUUCAGCCAAGAAGGACCUGGGAAUUGGAGGAGAGAGGUCGUUUAAAAAUUAUAUAGAAUUAAAACUCGACAAUACUGAGAGCAAAGAACAAUCUUCCAUCGAUGCCCCUGAUUUCUAUUUGAUUGGUGUAUUGGUAUCUAUAAACAUAGCAGUUUUCCUCUUUGAGAUUGCCACUCCGGUAAAGAGCUCUACUUUCGAGCUAUUUUCACUGCCCACGGUUUAUGGAGCAAAGAUAAAUAACUUGAUUCUACACGGAGAGUGGUGGAGGCUAGUGACUCCCAUCUUUCUGCAUUCUGGUAUCGUUCAUAUAGCCCUUGGGAGCUGGGCCCUCUUCACUUUUGGCCUUGAAGUGUCCAGAAAAUAUGGCUCAUUCACCUUUCUACUGCUAUAUGUUCUUGGAGGAAUUUCUGGAAACCUAAUCAGCUAUCUUCACACACCUGAGCCAUCCGUUGGUGGGACGGAACCGAUUUUUGCCAUUAUUGGAGCUUGGCUUAUUUACCAAGUUCAAGGCAAAGAUGAGAUUUCAGGGGAUGCGUACGAAAGAAUGUUUCGGGUUGCAAUUAUCACGACAGCUUGUAUAUGUGUCCUUAGCAAUUUCAGCCCUAUUGAUGACUGGGCACACUUUGGCACAGCUUUUGUGGGUAUAGCCUAUGGCUUCGUCACGUGCCCAGUCGUGCAAGUGAAGGAUGCAUCUACAGAAGCAGGUCGACAGGAAAGAAUCACAUUUGUUAGACGGUAUUCAGAUCCUUGCAAAUCCCUCUUGUAUUUCUCCCUCUUCCUCUUGCUCUUAGGGUGUUUAUCUCUUGUCUUCGAACCUCCACUUGAUCUGAUUUAAAGAGGAUAGUUUGGCAUCAAUGUUUCCAACAUAGAAUUCAUAUGUAGUUAGUAUUCAUAAAGAUAAGUUGCCUUCCUUCAGUUUCACAAGUUUGGUAUCGAAUAAUACUGUUAUCAUCAGUUAAAUAGAAUUUCAAUCUGCUCUCUCUCA